CUUCCCGCGAGACUUUCAAUUAUUCUUUAAAGAUGGCGCUAAUUACGAUGGCAUCAUUACUGUCAGUAAUGAAUCGAAUAAAGAGUCAUUCAAAAUACAUCAAACAGUUUUACUGGUUCGAUGUCGGUCUCUAUACAAUGAAUUGCUAGGCGUUGAUUAUAAUGAUGAACAUGUAAAAAAACUUAGAAAACCCGACAUUCCAAUCAUUAUUUUCCGUAUCAUAAUUGA